GGGGCUUUGAGGGUCAGCGGUCAGAGUAGGUGGCGAGUCUCAGAGGAAGGAGUCCCCGGGGGCAGGGCCCCCCCCCCCCCCCCACGCCAUGGCGAGCGUGGUGGUCAAGACAAUCUGGCAAUCCAAAGAGAUCCAUGAGGCCGGGGACCCCCCAGCAGGGGUCGAGAGCCACUCCCAGCUGGUCCCCGAGGCUCCUGGGGGGGUGAGCACCCCGGCCAAGGGGAUCACGAAGAAAAAGAAGGCCGUGUCGUUCCACGGGGUGGAGCCUCGGAUGUCCCACAAGCCAAUGCACUGGUGCCUGAACCUCAAGAGGUCCUCCGCCUGCACCAAUGUGUCACUGCUCAACCUGGCCGCGAUGGAGCCCACCGACUCCUCAGGGACAGACUCAACCACAGAGGACAGUGGCCCUCUUGCACUGCCGGUGCCCCCUGCCUCCCCCACCCUACCCUGGGCUUCGGAUGACCCAGACAUCUCGGAGAUACUGAGUGGGGUCAACAGUGGAUUGGUCCGUGCCAAAGACUCCAUCACCAGCUUGAAGGAAAAGACCACCAGGGUUAACCAGCACGUGCAGACGCUGCAGAGUGAGUGUUCUGUGCUGAGCGAGAAUCUAGAGAGAAGGCGGCAAGAGGCGGACGAACUAGAAGGCUACUGCAGUCAACUCAAGGGCCCCUGCCCUGGUGUUCUGACCCAGGAGAACUGCCUGAAGGUGACCCAGUCGGUGGAAGACGCUGAAAUAAAAACCAACGUCCUGAAGCAGAACUCUGCCCUGCUGGAGGAGAAGCUGCGUUAUCUCCAGCAGCAGCUGCAGAACGAGACACCGCGGAGGCAGGAGGCCGAGCUGCAGGAGCUACAGCAGAAGCUGGAGGCUGGCCUCUCUCGGCAGGGCCUGGGCCCCCCCGCCCAGCCCCCUGGCUCCUCUGGCCCUCCGGGGAGCCCCAACGAACCCCCGCGACCGCGCAGCAUGGCCUCAGGCGGUUGGGGAAUGGGGCCGCGGGCGGGGGAGGGCCCCGUUGUGAGCGAGCAGGAGUUGCAGAAGGUCUCUGCCGGCCUUGAGGAGCUGAGGAGGGAGGUGUCCUCGCUGACUGCCCGGUGGCAUCAGGAGGAGGGGGCGGUACAGGAGGCCCUGCGGCUGCUCGGGGGCCUGGGCGGCAGGCUCGACGGCUUCCUGGGCCAGUGGGAGCGGGCGCAGCGUGAGCAGGCGCAGACCGCGCGGGGCCUACAGGAGCUGCGGGGCCGGGCGGAUGAGCUGUGCACCUUGGUGGAGCGAUCUGCAGUGUCUGUGGCUUCCCUGAGGAGCGAACUGGAGGGGCUGGGCCCAAUGAAACCUAUUCUGGAGGAGCUGGGGCGGCAAUUUCGGAGCUCUCGAAGAGGGUCUGACCUCUCCAUGACCCUGGAUCGGCCGCCCCAAGGCUCCUGUGCCCGCUGUGCCAGCCAGGGGCAGCAGCUGUCCACAGAGUCCCUGCAGCAGCUACUGGAGCGAGCACUGACCCCCCUAGUGGACGAGGUGAAGCAGAGGGGCCUGGCUCCCGCCUGCCCCAGCUGCCAGAGGCUACACAAGAAGAUUCUGCCCAGUCUGGCAAGCCCAGCCGCGCCUACACUCCUCUCCCCAGGAGCUGGAGCGCCAGGCCUUGGCCAAACACGUCAGGGCAGAGGCCCUAAGCUCCACCCUUCGGCUGGCCCAAGACGAAGCCUUGCGGGCCAAGAACCUGCUGCUGACCGACAAGAUGAAGCCGGACCCCCUGGCAUCUGGCCUCAUCAGCACCAGCCCCCCACUCUCUGUUAUUACAGGGAGAAGGUGGCCACUCUGGACUACGUACACCUGAAGAUGUGCUCCCUCCACGAUCAACUCAGCAACCUGCCACUUGAGGGGUCCACAGGGACGACGGGGGGAGGAAGCGGUGGGGGAGCUCCCCCAAAACGUGGGGGCCCAGCCCCUGAACAAUAAAUGGCCUCUCAUGCUGGCAUGAAA